AUUUAAAAAAAAAAUAUCUUCAAAAACGCAGCAAUUAAAAAAAAUAUUAAAAAACAAAAUAUGCUAAAAAUAUUUAUUUAAAAUGUUUUAAAUAGUUAAAGAAAACUGAACAUAUUUAAAACUGACGAAAUAUCAGCGAUACCUGUAGCACCAAGUGGUGCAAAUAAUAUUAGUGACUGAAAAUAUUUUUGGCUUAACGCUGAAAAACAAAAUUAAAAUUGAAAAGUUCUAUGCGUGUGUGUGUGUAUGUGCUGGUGUGGAAAUGAAAAUUAUGAAGUGCAAACAUAUUUAUAUGCAUAAAUACAGCAGCUGAGCGCUAGACGUGACAAUCUAUAAUUAAUUUCAAUUCCUUUCAGGCGAAAUUAGUAUUUUUACUUCCAUACAUGCCUGCAGAAAUACCCGAAAGUUAUGCAGUACUCUAAAGAUAUUUCAAAAAUUCAUUAUGCAAUGCGCUGCGGUUGCGCGAAAAUUUAGUUUUUCAUAACAAAAAUAUACGCAUUUUAUUUGGAUGCUGUUGAAAGUUCGCUUAUAAGGAAUUUUGUAACCGAAUCGCUUGGCCUAUGUGCCACACUUAUACACAUACAAACAUAAAUAUUCGCUAUGGUGUAGUAAUUUUAUAAAAUUUUAUUUCAUGCACACAAAAAUACAUGCAUACAUAUGUGCAUAUAUGUAUGUGUGAGUAAUUUGAAAAUUUGCUAGAAAACUUUUAAAAUCGGUAUUUUGAAAAGUUCCUGCACACACGCACACACACAUGCACACGCAAUCAGUACAUCAUACAUAUAAGACUACCAUUAAAAGCGAAAAAAGCAGACAAACUCCCAUACACACAUGCAUAUAUACAUAUAUGUAGAUAUGCACGCAAACACACUCAGUAGUGUGUAUGAGAAUUCGCUCAUACAUACAAAUACAUUUAGGCGUUUAGGCAUUUAGGCAUUUUAGCGUGGGCUAAUGAUAUAGCAAAACACCUGCAUACCGUUAUUUUUUGGCAUUUCUUCGUAAUAUACACAUAUAUUAUAUACCAUCUUUCUUCGGAUUGUCAAAAACAUUUAUUUUUAAGUUCAAGCAACACUCACACAGCGACAUGCAUUGAUACAUAUUACCACCUACAUGAAAAUAUUUAUUUUUUCUACACCAAAACUUAUGCGCAUAGCUCUUUGUAGCUGAGAGAGCUGUUAUGCUCUUCCGACAUAGUAUUAAGUUCGUACCUGAUCACCUCGUCAAAGCUAUCGCCAUUGUUUCGGCAUUUAUCCUUGAGUCUGUCGGCCGUUGGUUCGUCACGUCACCUUUCGUCGUUUCACGAUUGAAAGUAUGCAAUUUCUUCGUAUCUUUUUUACGUACACAAAGUAUUUCAAAAUUUUAUUUUAAAAUCUUGUAUGUACAUAUGUAUAUACUACAAAUAUAAAAUUCAGAUCUUAAAAAUAGACAGACUUAAUGAGAUCACUGUUAGUGGUACAUAACAGGAAAAGCAGAAAAAUAUAUUUUUUGGAAUGUAAUAAAAAUCAUAUGAACUGUUGCUUUACAGCAAAAGCUUUGAGCAAGUACUGAAGUUUAUUAAACUUAAACUUGGCAAUGAUGAAAAGUAAGGAAAGUUUAAAUAACUUGAUUUCCUCUACGGUUCGGUUGUUGAAGGGGGAUAUACAAAAGACACAGGAUGUUUAUACUUAAGAAAUAUUUAUAUGCAUAAAACUUGAAAAAUAGCUUAAGUAGUCUUGAGUUAUUUGAAAAAUUUUAAUUUAUUACCUUGUGUUUAGUAAGCAUCAAAGUACUAAAAAAUAUAGUUGAAUGGCAUACCAAUAUUUAAAUUGGUUAAUAUAAUUAUCAAAAUAAUAACCACAGCUUAAGUCAAUUUAAGAUAUUUUUACAUUAUACUGCAGUUAUAUCUGAAUUAUCAAAGCAACUUCAAAUUGCGAUUAACCAAAUUAAAGAACUAAUUACUAAUUAUUAAUUUUUAUUGCAAAUUAAUGUUGGUCAAAAAUAUUUGCAUAAUUUCAAAUAAAUGUAUACCUAUAUUUAUAUGUACAUAUAUUAUUCAUAUGUAUAUAAUAUGUACAUAUAGCUCAAUAUAUCUCUGAGAAAAAUAAUAAUAAUUAGGCAGCUAUCAAAUUUUCUGAACCUUAACACCUAAUUAGCUCAGCUGAACCCAGAAAUAUAAAAGCGCUGGCGGUCAAGCCAACAAUUGCACAAAAAAAAACCUAAAAACCAUAGUCUUCCAGAAAUAUGUUCGUGACAGGAAAAGUAGAAUCAAAAAAUCUACAUUCUAAAAUUUCAAGCGCAUUCGCAUAAACAAACAGCAAGAUAAGGCUAUAAAAAACGAAAUUUUCCAACCGCCCACACGAUAAUUAUAACAAAUUCACACAUACCUAUAAACACUGAUUGGCGUUUCUACAAAAGUUUAUUUUUAAAAUCCAUUUGCUUUGGCUGAAAGAAAAUGCUUUCAAAAAUAUACGCUCGCUGAGCCGUUUGAUCGCAAGCUUAUGUGGGCGUUAGGGUGAGGCCAGAAACUUUCAUAGUCUAGCAUAAAUCUGAAAUAUACAAUAUAUGUUUGCUUAAAAUAUAAUUAAUAAAUAUGAGAGAUACAUGCAAAUAUUUGUACACGAAGUAGGUGCAAAAACAGUAGGUUUUUAUAUGUGUUGCAAGUUUAAUUAAUAUAAAAAUAAAGAUAAAUAACGAAUCUUUAGAGAGUGGCGAAAGGUGAAGAUGAAAAUAUCUGUUUGAAUAAUAUACAUUAAUCAAAAUGGAAAAUAAAAUAAUUUAAGUCCUAAUAUUGAAUGACUAUAAAAGCCCAUGCUCUGAUUAUUAACAUCUUACUUGAUAUAUUGUUGACAGACUUACCAGUUUUAGCUACCUUCAAGGGGUUAAUAUUAUUCAGAUAUUCAUCCAAUCAAUUGGCCAAUUGUUAAUGCAAAAAUAAUAAUAAUAAUUCUAUUAACAAUUUAUUUUAAAAACUCAAUCGCGGUGGUUGACUUGAUUCACCAUCUAAGGAGAUUAUAAAUUCUUGUUUUUUCUUUCAAAUAUUUUGAGAAUGAGCCUAAAAAGUCCGACGAACCCUGAAAUGAUCAUUAUGAUUUUAUGAUUUUCUUCGUGAUUUCUUAAAUCUUUGGAUUACUUUCGCUCAUCUAACUUCUCACAUCUCUUUAGGGUCUCAUUCCUCAUGACGUAUAUUUAAAUUGCAAACGCUUUUAAGGUUGGUCGAAGAAGAUAUAUACAUACAUAUUGAGUCUAAACUCUACCUUAUUGUUAUGCUACAAUUAUAAAUUGCCUUGACAAGUUGAGUCAAAAUAAAGAAUGAAAAUAUUUUUGUGUUUUGAUUUAUAAGUUUUUUUUAAUGAAAUACUUAGUGUGUAUAAUAAUAAAAAGCAUAGGAAUUAAUAUAUAUAGUAUAGCAAACCCACCCACAUCUUAUAAAUCGUUCAACGGAGAAACGUGUUAUUCUUCAUUUAUUUUUCCCUCCUCUUAAGUAAAACAAAAAAACACAGUCACCAUGGACGCCAUCAAGAAGAAGAUGCAAGCGAUGAAGCUUGAGAAGGAUAACGCCAUUGAUAAGGCCGACACCUGUGAAUCUCAAGCUAAGGAUGCCAAUUCCCGCGCCGACAAAUUGCAAGAGGAAUUGCGCGAUUUGGAGAAGAAAUUGGUACAAGUUGAUGUUGAUUUGGUCACAUCCAAGGAACAAUUGGACAAGGCCAACCGCGAAUUGGAAGAGAAGGAGAAACAAUUGACCACCACCGAAUCUGAGGUAGCCACUUUGAAUCGUAAGGUGCAACAGAUUGAAGAAGAUUUGGAGAAAUCCGAAGAACGCUCCACCAGCGCCCAACAAAAAUUGCUGGAAGCCACACAAGCCGCUGACGAGAACAACCGUAUGUGCAAAGUAUUGGAGAACCGUUCACAGCAAGAUGAGGAACGUAUGGAUCAAUUGACCAACCAAUUGAAGGAAGCCCGUAUGUUGGCUGAGGAUGCUGAUACCAAAUCCGAUGAAGUAUCACGUAAGCUGGCCUUCGUUGAAGACGAGUUGGAAGUAGCUGAAGAUCGUGUCAGGUCCGGUGAAGCCAAGAUCAUGGAACUUGAGGAAGAAUUGAAGGUUGUCGGUAACUCGUUGAAAUCUUUGGAAGUAUCCGAGGAGAAGGCCAACCAACGCGUUGAGGAGUUCAAGCGUGAAAUGAAGACUCUGUCUGUGAAAUUGAAGGAAGCCGAACAGCGCGCCGAACAUGCUGAGAAGCAAGUGAAGCGUCUGCAGAAGGAGGUCGACAGGCUAGAAGACGAAUUGGGCGUCAACAAGGACAGAUACAAGUCGCUCGCCGACGAGAUGGACUCCACAUUCGCCGAAUUGGCUGGUUAUUAAAGUGUUCAAAAAGUGAAGACGACAAUGCUUUUCUAUGGAAAAAGUUUGCUUGUAGUGUUUUCGCUUUUGGAGUCAAACAUCCAUGUGCAACAACAAUCACAACAACAAAUUGUAACAAUCUGUAAAUUUAAUAUAAUUGUAUAAAUGUUAAAAACACCAACAACAUAAUGAAGAAAAACUAAAAUUUAUAAAAAAAAAAAUUAUUAACGACAACAACAGCAACAACAACACCUUUAAUUGCUUUUUCAUUUUUCUAGUAAACAAAAAAUGCAACAAUGCAAUACAAAAGUAAAUGGAGCAUACGCGCUUUGAAAUCAUAUUUUAUUAAAUAAAUUUAACAAAAACAAAAAACAUAUUUUACAAAUUUCCUAAAUUAACGAAAAAAUAUAUAUAAACCCACACAUACAUAUAUUUGGAGUGUAGUUUCGAGCAACUGUAUAAAUUAAAUGAGAUCUUUAUUUGAAAAUAGCUAAAACUUCAACAAAUAACAACAAUAUUAACUGUCGUAUCACAAUUUUUAAUGCAAAAUUUGCUUUCAUAUUUCGGUUUAAUUAAAGUUUAUCUCUUUUGUUACUCGCUUAUUUACAUAACAGCUAAAAAGCAUAUUCAUAUGUGUAGAGAGAAAAGAAUAUUGUUCGACUUUGAUCAGGAAUAUUACACUGGGAGAGCAAAUGAUAAAUUUAAUAUUAAAUAUAUUUAAUAAUAAUAAAACCAAAAACAACAAAAAAACAUUUAAAACAUA